AUGGCUACCCCCAGUGUCCUUUCCUUUGAUGCUGAGGGUCGUGCUGUUAACUUUGAGGUGUGGGUCGAUGACCUCCAGCUCUUCCUCCAGUGCGAUAGGGCAGACGGACUCUCCCUGUUUGAUCUCACCUCUUGUGCCUCUCCUCCCCCGCCUGCUACUGCUGACAGCACUCUUUGCUCACACUGGGCCAGACGUAAUGCUACUGCCCGUCUUGCUGUGCGUCGCCACUUAUCGACCGCUGAGCGUGCGCACUUUAGUCAGUACAAGACUGCUAGGACCUUUCGGCCGGCGCUGCGUCUGCCCCUAGCGGGAGACGGCGCACCGGCAAGGGCAAGGGAGGCAAGGGCGCUGGAGGGGCUGGCGAGGGCAGUGGAGGUGGCGGUGGAGGAAGUGGAGGGGGUGGGGGUGAUGGUGGGAGCGGUGGCGGGGUUGGAGGUGUCGGUGGCAGCAGUGGAGGCGGAGGAGGCGGUGGCGGCAGCGGUGGAGCUAGUCGUGGCUCUGCGCAGAGGAGUGGGUCCGGUGGUGGUCAACGCCAGCAGCAGCAGCGCAGUUAGUUUAGGCUGA